GCGCGAAUUUCCGGGCGUGCAGUCUCUGCAUAUGUGUAUGUGCGGGCGCGUCACGUGCGUGCGCGUGGAGUCGUGAAGCUGCUCUGGCUCCUAGCAGAGGGGCGACCUGUCCCUCGGUUCGCCCCCUCCUUGUUUAAAUCUUGCAUUUCGCCUGCUCUUCCUCCUCGCUAUGGCGGGCAUCCUCUUCGAAGACAUCUUUGACGUGAAGGACAUCGACCCCGAGGGCAAGAAAUUCGACCGGGUUUCCCGGCUGCACUGUGAGAGUGAGUCCUUCAAAAUGGAUCUGAUCCUCGAUGUGAAUGUACAGAUCUAUCCAGUUGAUCUUGGAGACAAAUUCCGCCUUGUGAUUGCCAGCACUUUGUACGAAGAUGGGACGUUGGAUGACGGCGAAUAUAAUCCUACAGAUGACAGACCCUCCAGGGCGGACCAGUUUGAAUACGUGAUGUACGGGAAGGUGUACAGGAUUGAGGGUGAUGAGACAUCAACAGAAGCAGCCACACGCCUCUCUGCCUAUGUCUCCUAUGGUGGCCUGCUCAUGAGACUCCAGGGAGAUGCCAACAACUUGCAUGGCUUUGAAGUGGACUCAAGGGUCUACCUCCUGAUGAAGAAAUUAGCUUUCUGACCAGCUUCCGCUGCCAAAUGGUUGGAGGCUGUAUUAGCAGCUCAGACAAUAUGCAAGAUAACAUGGAUCUGCUGCUUCCCUUGCCUCCCUCCAGAAGUGUAUGGAGCAAAGCUUCGCAGUGAAUUAGAAGCAUCCUUCUAAUGUUCUUUGCCAUCUCAGCAUCCACAAGAAGGACAUCUUUUCUUCAUCACAUUUGCCCAGUGCCCCUUGCAGUAAGGAAGUGGAUGCCAGACUGCAUGGCAGCAUUCCUUAUUUAAGCUGAGGAGCAACAUUUCCUGGUGCCGGAAGCUGUAUGGUUCUGAUGAGCCGCUCUGUUUACAAUGCAGGAAGGUCAUUUUCUACAAGUGCAACACUGCCAUUUCUGGUAAGCUGGGGCCAUUUUCUCUGAGGCUUUAGUUGAAACCAUAGACUCAGGUAGCUCCUGAGUCAAACCCCUACAGGUUAAGCUUUGCAUCUUU